AUGAAUCGUUUCUUAACAUCUAUCCCACGAUUAAACUUAAUACCUAGUUUACCUAAAAACCCAUUGGAUUAUCCAAUUAUAUUGGUUGGUGCUGGUGCAAUCGUUACGUUAGGACAUUUACCCGCUUAUAAAAUAGCUGGAUUCCCUGUCAAAGGUAUUUAUGAUACAGAUCGACAAAAAGCAUUGGCAGUAGCUAGUAAAUGGAAUAUUCCGAAAGUCUAUAAUACAAUCGACGAAGCAUGUGCAACAGCAAACAAUGAAAAUGUUAUCUUUGAUUUAGCUGUUCCAUCAAAACAGAUAGAAUCGAUUCUUAAACAACUUCCAAUAAAUUCUCAUGCACUCAUUCAAAAACCAAUGGGUGAAAAUCUUGCACAGGCACAAUCAAUUGUUAAUAUAUGUAAACAACGUCAAAUUUCUGGCUCGAUAAAUUUUCAACUUCGCUAUGCACCCUAUAUUGUUGCUCUUAAAGAUGCUAUUCAGCGUGGUUGGCUAGGUGACCGAUUAACAACUAUUGAAAUACAUGUGAAUGUACAUAUGCCAUGGUCAUCAUGGCCAUUUCUCACAACUGUGCCACGUCUUGAACUCACAUAUCAUUCAGUACAUUAUGUCGAUUUGAUACGUGAUCUUUCAAAGCCGUAUGAACCGAGUACUGUUAAUUGUCGUAGUAGUCGACAUGCAGCGAUGCCACAUUUAUCACCAGUUCGAUCGUCUUACUCAUUUGAAUACAAACAUGAUCCAAUGUUAUAUGUAAAUAUUUAUACAAAUCACCAUCAUCGAUGGGGUACCAAACAUGCGCAAUCUUAUUUAUUAGUUGAAGGAACUCGAGGUGCAGCUAAGGCACAAUUAGGCGAUAAUCUUGCAUACGGAGAAAAUAUAGAAGGAAAACAAACAGAUUAUUUACAAAUUUGUUCGGAUGAAAUUACGGAUGGCAAAUGGAUUGAUAUUGAUUUGGAAGCACGAAGCCGUUUUCCACAUGCAUUCAUAGGGCCGAUGGCAGCAGCUAUACGUCGAUGCGAAAAUAAGAAUGAUCAGCCGUUAACUGAUAUUGAAGAUGCACUUAAAACCACGGCAAUACUCGAAGCUGCAUGGAAAAGUUCAACGAAUAACAUGACCCCGAUUGAUUACGAAUAG